AACAAGCAAGUUUGUCUAGUACCACUUUACCUGCAGUGGAAUAUACUGUAUUUCAUCAUCUCGAAGCACCAAGGGAAAAAAUUAAACCGAAGAAUUUUUCUAGUUGUAAAAAUAAAGAAAAAUUCUAUGCAAGUGCUGCUUUGCAUAUCGGUGGCAAGUCAAGUGCGCAG